AAAAUAUGGACAAAAAUUGAAGUAAAUGUCUGAAUAAUGCACAGCUCAUUUCGUUGGUGCAUGUUUAUUUGCAAACGUUUGUUAUUAUUCUUUUUAUUUUUAUGGAUGUUUCUGUCUUUUCGGCAACGACAGCACACCAGUAGCAACAGCAGCAGCAGAAGUAAACAAAGUUGAACAAAGAAAGUAUGUGUGUCUUGUGAUUUAAUGUUUCGGUAUUCAUGAGUACAUCACGUCGUCGCCAUAUACCAUGCUCAAUUUCAUCCGCACACUGUUUAUCAUUUAAAAUACCGCGAUAUGGCACGUUCAAUCCAAAUUCAAACGUUUUUUUCUUUUGUUUUCCUGUCGUCGUCGUCGCCGCUUCGUAUGCAUAAUCAUUCUUUUUUCAGUUUAUUCUUUGUGAAAAUAAACCGAUUCUCGGUAGCAAUGUCAAAAAUUGUUUGAUUCCAAUGCGAGAAUGAAAAAUUUGUCUCCGUCCGAACAAAAAAAAAACAGAGUCAUACAUUGUUUGGAUUUUGGCCAAUGUAAAUUGAAAAGAAUCACCAAUGUCAGCAUUGAGCCAUUAAAAUUAUAGCGACGAAAAGUAAACGACCAAGAGAGUGAAGGAGAAGAAAAUAUUUGAAAAAAAAAACUGGUGCUUAUCACAGAACAUGCCACAAUUAAGACGCAAUUCAUCAAAAUCAUGUGGAUUAGUCACUUCGACCGUUGACUAGCUGACACACAUUAUGUGUGUGUGUUUACAUUGGAUUUUUGUAUGUCCGGUGUGUGUUGCGUCAACCGAUCCAAGAAAGACUUCGGUGACACUACAUUGAAUUUCAACACAUAUUUCUAGCAUUAACUCAACAAAAUCACCAAAGAUUUUGAUGAAUCAGCCGCUAUCUGGUGCGGGAGGAAAUGAAAAAUUCUUCGGAAAUAAAGAGAAUUGCGCAUUGAGAGCAUAAAAUUGUGUGUGCUUUGUUAAUUCAAAGAAAUAUAAACCAAUCGGGAUUUUUUUUAUUGGUAUGAAAUCUCCAUUCAAUCAUCGCUGAUCCAAUUAAAAAAAAAGAAACUAAAAAUUCCACUUGAAUGUUUACGAGCCGAUAAGGAAACCCACUUAAGUGUUUCACUCUGACGGAAUGGUGGCUGCGCGCGCUGGAAUCGCUGAAUGUUGAUGCGAUUGCGCAUUUCGAAAUCGAACAACAACAACAACAACGAGAAGUGAAAAAAAACACACACAAUCGUAAUACUACCAUGAGUGCGCGAUGCAAUAUGGAUCCAAGGCGAAUGGCGAGCGAACGAAACAUGCAUAAAGAUAGAAGCACAAGCAUCACGCAGAAGCUCAAUAAAUAAUUCUUGUUGUUUGACGAUUCCUUGCGUUUUUGUUCUUCUUUUUUGUUUCUCUCUGUCUCUAAUGAAUUUCUAAUGGGCGAAUCGGAGAAUUAACUAGAGAGCGCGUGUGUACACACUCUCUCUCUCUGUGUCUCACUUGCUCGCUCGCGCAUUUCUAUUCUUCAUGAUAGUUGUACACAUGCAAUGUGCACAAUGCCCCAAUGCUAAAUUUUUCCACUUACUCAUUCCGUGAAGCGAAUGCGCGCACACACACAAUUUCAAACCAGGCACUGUUGCUGCGACUCGCGAGAUGUAUUCGGACAAUUGCGGUUGUCGAUUUUGCACAUUUCGAGAUUCUUUUGAAUUUUCUACUGCGGAAUAAAAUAAUAAUAAUAUUGUUUAGAUGAUUCUAUUUUUCUGGGCGUUGAAUGAUUGCCCUGAUGUGAGUGCGAGUGCAUGUCUAUUUUGUGUUGUUUCUGCCUGCCUGCCUGCCGACAGCAAAAUUGCACUGAACCAAGACGUUUGCGCGAUUCAUUGCAUUUAAAUUAAGAAUUGGGGAAGGCAAAAAUCAACAAAUCAACCGAACAAAUGAGAUAGAUAGAAUGUAAACGAGUGAGCGAAACAUUGUUGAUGUCGUUGCUUUUUGUGCACAAACGCAGCAAAUAGCGUUAGAAAAAAAGACCUAAUGAAAUUUUAUUUCCACAUAAAUCAGUGAGCGCGACGCUAGAUUUUUUAUGCAGAGAAAGACCUUUAAAGAUAAACAAUUAAACAGACAAUAAAAACAACAAAAACAGUAGAGAGAAGAGAAAAGAAACUAUUCAAAGACACACACACACGUCCAUCACGUGAUAAUUUGUGAGCAUUGUGUUGUCCGAUAGCAACGGCGGCGGCGGUAGUGGCAGCAGCGCUCAUUGGAUCUCAUACAAUGUAUAUUACACUUGUUGCUUUGGUUUCGAAGGAAUCAUCGCAUUGUUUGAUAAGAAUCACCAGUUGUCGCUGAAUAAACGCAGCAAUUGUGACCACAACAAGUGCUGCAUCGGUCGUGAAUUUUAAAAAUUGCGAUGUUGCUAUUCCAUAUUUUUUUUCUUCCUUUUUUUUUCAAUUCACAAUGUUUUUCUCCAUCGUUUGCUGCGCUCUGAAAACAAUGCAAAACAUUUUCAUUGGUAGAAAUAACCUAGAGAGAAGAAAAAAACCAACACAAACACUUUGAAUUUGACGGUCAAUUGAAUGAGGUGGUCUCUUUUAUCUCUGUACAUCUUUAUUUUCGCUACUUAAAAUUCAUACAAUUUUUUUUUUCGUUGUUCAAUUCAAUGUGAAAUGCAAUGCAAAACCGCCAUCUGAUUGAUCAUGAUGGUAGUUUCAGGGCGGUGGCGGCGACGACGACGACGUCGCGAGCGCGAUUUUGUGCAUCGGAAUUCCAUGAAGGCAAAUUGGAAUCGCACAGCACGAAAAUGAUAAAUAAUUUAUUAUAUAACCAAAGCCAGGCAAUUAUUGCCCAUUGAUAUACAUUUACAAUUUGUGCACGCGUGUCACUGUUGCCAAUGCAUUUGCUGUCCGUUUGUGUUUUUUUUUCUCUGCUGCUGCUGCUGCUGCUUUUUGUUCGCGCGCUGCAUUCACAGACAAAGAGAGCCGCAUGGAAACCGAUUUGGAAUCGGGGCGUCAUUGUGUUUGUGCAUGUCGUGCCAAUGGGAAAAAAAAAUAUAUUCAUCAAAUCACGCAACGAAGUAGAAAAGAAGCAACAACGACAGCAGCAGCAGCGGCAGUAACAAGAGCGAAAUAUAGCAUAUCGAUACCAAAUCGGUUGCACUUGUAAUCGCCAAGGCCUGUUCACAUCAUAUUCACCCGUACAAUUGACGCUCGUUUUUUUUUCUGCUGCUCUCUAAGCACCGACCAAAUAACAGCAACAACAACCAAAUAAAUAAUAACAACAACAACAGCAACCGCACCGAAGAGCUAGCCGAGCUGUGUGUGCUCUAACUCUCGCAAAAUUCCCACAGCCAUCCGUCGUUAAUUAUUAUUAUAAUUCUAUGUAUAGAAUCCAAAUGCACAUUUACGUAUUUCAAAUUAUCGGCUAAUAAAUAGAAUAUCACACCGGCUCCGUAAUCAUUGUGAGCGAGAUAGUGUGUGUGUGUGUGUGAAUUGGCCGUGUUGGUGUAUUUGCAAGAGAGCUUUCUGUGUUCUAAUUGCAUUCUGAAAUUGAAAACGUAUAUCGCUUGUAUAGAAUCUCUUGUUGAAUUGCAAAAAAAAAAUGUUGAAAAUAGAAGACCAACUUGAAUUCAACAGAUUCUGAAUGCAGCGGACGGCCAUUGAAUAUAUAUGAUUGUAAUCGCCGUCCAUCUCGCAUUGAAUUGUUGAUUUUUUUUCACCCAGCCGCUGCUGCUGCAUUUGCCAUUGAAUGUGCGAUAGAGAGAAAAUUGCAGCAAUAGCCGCGCGAUCGUGCUUCAAAUAUACGCGCAGCGCACUGUUCUAAACGUUUUCCGUUUCGGCUUCACCGCGCGCUGUCUUCAAAUGAUGCAUAACUAAAGAAAAUGAAUAUCAAUAACAAUAAUCAUAAAGCACAAGAACAACAGCACAAGCAGAGAGAGAGAAAAACAACGACAAAGAGCAACGGAUAAAAAAAAGCACAACGACGAUAAUAGAAAAAUGUGGCACGUAAUGCAGUACACAUUGUGCAUAGUGCAACAAUAACAAAAAAAAACCAGUAUGAAAUGCAAAAUAAAAACUCAUCAAACUUCAGCUCGGCAGCAGUACCAAUAACAAAUGAACAACGAAAAAAAACCACACACAACAAAAUAACGAAAAUAAUUUUCUUUCUUUGGCGCUGGUUUUUGUAUGUUUGUUAUUUCUUCUCUUUUUGUUUCGCUGUUUAUUUUUGUGUGCUGUACAAAUUAUAUGGUAGUUUUAUUAAAUAAAAUGCAUGUGCACAAUUCAAAUGCACAGCAAAAGUGUGUGCGCGAGCGCGCCUCUGAGCGCUUCUAAUAAUGGCGUGCGCACUCAGGGUACAGUCAAUAGAGUUAGUACACACGAAAAUAGAGUCUCAGUCGCGCGGUAAUUCUUGAUUCUUCAAUAACAAAAAUUUCACCUUGAAAUUAACACUGCUGUGCGCUUUUUGCUCUUUUCUUUCUCUCUCUCUCUCUCUCUUUCUCUCUCUCUCUCUCUGUGUGUGUGUGCGCGGAUGUCUCCUUCUCGCUUUUUCUCUCUUUCACGAUGUUCUGACGAUUUGUUGUUGUUACUUUUUUUGCGCUUUUUUUCCUCACUUGUCAGCGUAUCAUUCAGUCUUUUUCGCACUACACUCGAUGCUAUCGCACGCAAAAUCGUCGCAUACUUUCUUUCUCUUUCAUUUCUAUUUUGAAUUCUAGUUUUCGGAAUGCCCCGCGUGUUUGCGUUUCAGUGCUGUUCGACAUUUUGUUGUAUUUAUUUCUCUUCUCGCUUUUUUGUUUGUAGCGAUAUUGGUCGCGCGCGCUCGCGCGCCAGUUGCCUUCGUGUUCCGUUGUGCUCUGCUCAUGCAAUAGAUGCACACAAUCACACACACACAUGUACAUACACGCGCAACCAACUCUAUCCGAAUCAUAUUCUUGGCUAUGAUGUUCGGGUGUGCAUAUUGCUGCUAUACUGCUACUGCUGCUGCCGCCAUCGUAUCGAUGAUAUAUAUUUUUCGUCGGAUUGCUUUUGAUAGAUAUUACAUAUAAAUGUCAAAUACCAAACGAAAAAACAAAGUGAAGUAUAACAACGGCAAAGAAUUAUAUAUAUUUGCAAAAUUGGACGUCAGCAAGGCAAAUUUAUAUCUGCUAACCAGUUAUACUAUAAUGCGACACAUCUUUUCUUUUUUGUUCAAUCUCCUCGCCGGCGUUGGAUGCAACACCUCACAGUCAACACGAGAGCCAGUUUCUGUUGUUGUCAUCUUGCGAAUAUAUAUCUCGCCGUCUUAUCACUCGCUCCUUGUUUGAAAGAGCUAUCAGUGCUUUUUUUUGCUGGUUCUCUGAAAAUGAUGAGUAACAUCGUUCAUACAACAUCUCUCAACAUGACUCCAAUUAGAAGUCUUAACAGUAUUCUCACCAAUAAAUUUUCACAUCAAACUGCCUUCGAUUGCCGUUGCAAUCGCAAAAGAGUGACAGAGAUACAUGGCGGCGGCGAAUGGCGACAGCAACAAUUUGCGAUAUUAUUCUUUCAGCGAAUUCAGUGAGCCUCAUCGGCGAUCAGAGAUUUAUAGAACAACAACAAUAACAAUAAUAAUGAUUCGCAAUGCAGUAAUUUUCUAUGAACAAUGAAUUAGAAGAAUAGCGAUGAAAAAUGAAGAAAAAAAAAACGGCACACAACAAUUUCGCGUUUCAUAUUCUCGAUGCGCGGAUCCGAGAAACGGCGAGAAGAGAAAAACAAAAACGAAAAAAAACAGCACACAAUCACAUCUCUCUUGCGUUGCACAAUGAAAUGGAAAAGAAGAAGACGAAAAAGCAAUUAGAAUCGGAGAAGAGAAAAAAGUCUAAGUUUAGAAUAAAUUUGCCAAAGUCCAUGACCAAUACAUUUAGAACUUGUUAAAGUUAUGCUGUUGUUGUUGUUUUUACUCACCGCUGACGCGCGAGCGCGGCACAGCUUAUUAUAGGUAUGUGUGUCAGUAGGCAUACCAUUCGGUUUAAUUUUUUUCUUCUCUCCUCUUUGUAUUUUAUUCUUUUCGGUGUGCUGUUUUUAAGUUCUCGCGCGCACGAGUAAUUAAGUGCCAGUCAUGUUUUAAUCUGCGGCGUUUUGCAUGAAUUUCUCGUAUGAAUGAGCGUUCGCUCGAUCGCCUGAUGUUUACGCCAAUCGAUGAUGAAAACCGAAAGCCAAAACACCACCCAAUUUUCCAAGAAACCAUCAACUCUUCCCCAACCGAUUCGAUCUAAACAAUAAGCAACACGUUGAUGCUAGUAUUUGAAAAGCGAUCAAUUGUUGGUUGAAAUGAAAAUUAGCACACAGUACAAAGCAGCGGUAAAAAGAGACGGAAAAAAGCUGUGUGUGCAUCUCGGUGCAAAUGUUCUCGUUUGCCGUGUACUUGGAUUGCUCAGUUGGGAGCGCGUGUUCUAGCCAUACUUAGGCAAGAACGUCAGCAGAUGCAGUCAAGCGAAUCAAAUGCGUUUGUAUACAUAGUAUAUUAUAUCGAUUAAUUUAAACGCCAUUCGUGAAAUUUAUUAAGUUUUUUUUCUUCAUUCGUUCGUUCGUUCGUUCGUUCGUUCGUUCGUUCGUUUGUCGUUUUCGACUGAGUCGCUUCAUUUGUUUCACUGCUAGAGAAGGAGCGCGUGCACGCUUGCAAUUUUUCGUUUGUUCAUGAUUCCUUCGGCGCUUAGAGAGAUAAAUUCAAUGUGCUUGCACUAAAACUAUACAAAAAAGGUCAUCUCAAGCAGAUUAGUGUCGAGGUUUAUUACACCUAUAAAGAAUCAAGAUGUAUGUGAGUGUGAGUGCGCUUGAGCGCACGUUCGCGGUAAAACAUGUGCAAUUACCGCGCGCCGAUCGCGCAACUGAUGUAUAUUUGCGUGUGUCUCUUAAAAGACUCUUUUUUUUCUUCUCUCGGUGUGUUGUUGUUGUUAUUUGUUGCUUUUGCUUUUGUCUCGUUGCUGCUGCUCUGCGGAAUUGUCGUAUCUCUUCGUGCUAUAUCGAUAUAGACCGUGGCUCUGGCUUCUCUCUUUGUGUGUCAUAAUUGCGAUCAAUGCACAAUUUGUCAUUGUUGUUUCUAUUUCGCCGCUGCUGCCGUUGUCGUCGUUGUCGUCUCUGUUGCUGCUUUUGAACGACUUUUGAUUUCAGUGCUUUUUUUUCACCAUUAGAAAUCGAAAUUGAUAACAUAAUACAAAUACGCACACAAUCGAUUACAUACACAAUUGGCAAAUGAUAUGCAUGUCACUUGCGAAGCGAUCGAAUGCGGCAUUGCCUUCGGUUUCGGCCGAAUACAAUGCGUCAUGGUUAUACGACGGAAAAUUGAGAGUUCGAGGUUUUGACGUUUCUUCGCAUAAAUUCUACGGAUCACGAUCGGCCCGAUACAGCGAAUAGCCAAUUAUUUAUGGCUGCUCUUUGGGUCAGAGUCUGCGAUUUUUUCUUCUUCUUCUUCUUCUUUCUGUUUCGUUUUGCAUUCUUUUUCUGUUAUGUCAAUAGUGUAUUAAAAGUGUAAUUGGACGUUUUGAGUCAAACACAAACAAAAGUGCAAUUGAUAAUGCUUUAAGCGAAUGGUAAUCGAUCGCCUAAGUGGAACUAUCUUGUUGACCCAUAUUCCGGUUAAAUUUGUGUAAUGUUCCGCAGAAUAUUACAAUAUGAGUGAGCAAUGAGCUAGGCGCGUAUUAUUCAAGACAGACUGAAAGAAAAACAAAAGCAGCAACAGCAACGCCGCUAAGUGUUCUUGCCGCGGUGCGCACUCAAUUUAUUCGAAGUCAAAAAGUAAAUCGUCGUGGCAGCUCAUCAUCAUUCAACUAUGUUCGGUGCGAUCUUCAAACCAUUUAUGGAAAUGCGAUGCCUUGUGAUCAUUGUCAAGUGCCCGCAGCAAUCAUUGUACUGGAAAUAUUACGACAGAAAAAAAAAAUAAAUACGCGGCAACUAAAACCUUCAAGCAACAUAAUCAUAUUUCACACACGUUUGAGUCAUGAUUAAAUGGUUUGCCACGCCGAAGGAAUUAACAACAUCGUGCAAACAAAACGAAUCCGAUGACAACGACGACGACGACUACGACGGCAGCAGCGAUGAAGAAAGACAGAUAAAGCAAAAUGCACAUAAACCACAAGCAAGGUGUUCAAUGAAAUUGCUUAUGCCAUUUGCAUAUCGUAAUUGAACUUGAUUUUAAAAGAGAUUUAUUGCCAUAAAGGAUUUGAUUUCAAUACUUUUGAAUUAUUAUUGUGAACCGAAGAGCAAAGAAAAAAAGUAGCAACAGCAAAUACAUGCACAAAAUGUGUUAAGUAAUAUACCAGUCGAUCGUAGUGUCUGACGUGCGUGUGAUUUCAUGAGCAAGCGAAGAGACUUGCUAUUGCUACGAGAGAGAAAAAGCUGCACAUACACACCAGUGUGAUCCAGUGUUACGUUACCUGGCCAAAUGAAACCGAGCUCGCACAAAUUAAACGCAUUCAAUUUUUAAUUGGAAAUUAUUACGCUACUUUUUUGUUGCUGAAAUUCUCUCUGCAGAGAGAAAAAAAGAAUACAAAUGAAUCACGGUGCUGCUCAUGGAGCAGCGCGUGCAUGUGCGUUUGCUUGAAUGAUCGCUGCUGCUGCUGCUGAAUAGUUUGACCUCAACCUCUUUGUUGUAUGAGCGCGCGCUGAAUGUUGCAUUUACACAAUUUAUUGUUGUACAAUGUACAUUUAAGAGCGCGCGCGCGCGCGAAGAGUGAACAGAAAAAUAUGUGAUUAUUUUAUAUUCCUAAUUUCAAUGCUCCCAAUUUCCCCUGUCUUUUUACCUGUCAUCAUAAGUGUGCAUCGUUGGAAUGGAGGCGGGAGCCGGCAAUGCACAAAUGCACCGAAACAUGGAGGGAAAGAGAGAGAGAGAGAGAGAGAAUAGAAUGCCAGCGAGUAAUUUUCUUUUAGGAAAAUAGCACGAACGUCAGAUGUAUUAUUUUUGUAUUCCUCUCCAAGCACAAUAUGACGCAGUUUGUUUUUCAUUUGAAAUGAUGUACUGUAAUUAAAUAGCGGUGCCAGUAGAUGUGAUUACCAUAAAAAAAAAUGAGCGAAGGUUUUUAAGUAGCCAAUCCACAGCACUACUCAACUGAUAGGACUUUGUUGCGAGCGGGUAGAAAAAAACAGCAGCAAAUUCUGAAGGAAAAGAACAAACCGCUAAAUGGAUAAUUAUUUUAUGAUGCAGUAAAAGUGACUACAAAAUUAAACUUCCAUUCGAGAUUCAAUAUUUAUUACUUUAUUUUUUCAUCAUUAUUUGUGUGCGGUGCAAGCGGACGCGUAUUUGUGUGCAAUUUUUAUAAUGCACAUUGACCGUCCAUUUUCUAAAUGUAGAGAAAAAAAAAUCAUGCGAGUUUUUCAUUCUGAAGCAACAGAGAGUUAACAUCACAAAAACACAAACACACACCGAGUUCAUCUAUAUCUCGCUCUAAAUUAUAUAUUUUUGACAGAACGGAUACAAAUGAAAUCAUCGUUUGCUGAUUUUGUUGCACGAUGCAACAGCAAACAACCAUUUGAACAAAGAAGAAGAAGAAGAAAAGGCACACACGACAACGACGACCGACGACGGCGACAAUGACGAAAAAUUGUGUACAUUUGUGUUCAUGCACACUUGAUUCUGAUGAUGAUAGCCCUGACAUCGUUAAGGUCGCUCAAUGUAUUUAGCGCAGUGCAAUUUCUAUGCAACACACAUAUUCACAUCGGUGCAACCGCCACUUCGUUCGCUUCGCUCGCCAGCUCGCUCUUACUCUGUCUCCUUCUCUCUCUAUUUGGUCUACAUGCGUGCAUUGCGAUGCAAUAAUAUCACAGACACAUUGUGUGACAGUCUGUCGAUACUGUCUUCGUUCUGCUGUUUUUUUCUUUUCUUCUCUCUUUGCUAUUACUGUCUUGUGCGGCUGUUUUGGCACGAAGGAAUCGACAAACGACUUGAACAUAUUCGGUUUGCGAUUAUUGUUUCAAAGAUCAAUGUGCAUUGAUGUUAUUGCGUUUGUCGCUGCUUUUUUUUCUGCCGUCAUCAUCAUCGUCGCCGUCGUCGUCGUCGUUGCAUUCAAUGGAAAUUUAAUUCGACGAUGAUCGCUAUCGUUAAAUUUAUUAGGCGAUGUUUACUUUUUUUUGGUGCGGCUGCUUUUAACGAAUUAUUGAGAACAGAUUCGAUUGAGACGCAGACAGAUCGUUUCAACUUUAUUUGUGUCAUCGAAUUACGCGUGAUUUCGAACUUGAAACUAUUCCACAAAAUGAUGAUUCCACGAAAAGAAAGAAAAAAAAACAAAUCAAUUUUAUGGUUUUCUUCCCAUCGCAUUUUGAAUGAACUGAAGAGUUUUGUUUGUGUCUCAACCAGUUCCAAUUGAAAAAAAAAUUCAAUGGAUUCUUCCAUCGAUCUAGAAUCGGCAUGAUUAAUAAUAACAAUAUCGCCCGAAAAUAGCCAACCUAACGUAGGUUUUUUUCAGUCUAGUCUUUCUCCAUAAAAAGAUUCAAUUUAAAUAGUCACAUUGUUGCGUUGCCAUUCAAAUUGUUUAGCCAAUUAACUGCAUCAUCAUCAACAAAAUUGGACGAGAAUAAAAGGCAACAGCGAAACAAGCCCACAAGAGAGAGAGCGCGCGCAGUAGCAGUGAACAACAAAAGAGACGAUAUUCGAAUCGACCAAAUAAAUAAUAUAUAAAAGUAAUCAAGAAUGUUUUUUUUUCUAUUCAUUCUUCGUUCUUCGUUCAUUUGUUAUAAUCAAAUGUUUAUAUUUGCUGAGCUAUAUGAGAGCGUCCAAACAAUAUGCGCUCUUGUAUUUUGAAUCCUUCAUCAACUGUGCUUCCAUUAUCCACAUUUCAUGUGUUCUUUUUUUUCCGCUUUGUCUCUCUUUCUCUCUCUCUGUUCGGUGGGUUCCAUGUAGGAUAUCAAGCGUAACACACCACCAGCGCGCUUAGUAUUACUCUCUCGCAUACACGCCACACUGGUAGCAACAGUGUUCUUGUUGGUGUUAUUCUUGUCUCUUAUUUCUUGUAUUUUAACAGAGAAAUGCAGCCAUACGACCGACUAUGAUGGUGUGCCCAAUAACUUAGCGUUUUGUUCGCUGUUGGCGAGAGGGUGGUUGUGAUGACGACGAUUACGUGGUCGUCAUAAAAUAUAACAUGUAUAUGUGUAUGAAAGAAACUAGCACAUUGUCUAUGUAUGUUUGAUUGAAUGAUCCGUUUGGCAUGUAAUUCGGCCCGAAUGAAUGGAGCAAAGCACCCGAUUCACAAAAUGUCCUUUUGUGUUGCGAUUUACCAUUAAGUGGUCCGAAUGAGUCAACUUUCAAAAUGCCAAUAAAUCAUUUCCGAAAUGAUGAAUAACCAAUUCUUCAAGAGUUCCACAGAGUGUUAAAGUCUGCUUGCUCCAAAUGCCGCCAUGAAUGUUAACCAACUCGGUGCGCGUGUAUGUGUGUUUUGUGAUGAAAAACAUCGAAAUAUGCUCCAUAAUUCGUGGCAAACACAACACAAACAGGGAGAGAGUGUGUGAACCAACGACGGUGUGUGUGUGUGUGUGAGGUAUACGGCGUCAUCGACAUCUUCUAGAAUGUUUCUUCAUCGUUGGCGAAUGUUCGUUUCGUUGCGUUGGUCGCUUCACUGUGGAGGGUAGUAGCUUUUUGCUGACUGUAUCUGUUGAUGUUGUUUUGUUGUUGCAGUUACCUUUCUUGUGCAUUACCGUUCACGCCGCUCAUUCGUUUGUUCGUUCGUUGCUCACUCGCUCGUUAGCCAGCUGCUUCGUAUUGCUCACAGCACACAAACAGAAGAGUAUUUUCUCCGUUUUUCCUGUACAAUACACGCCGUGUGUUGGAAAUUACGCUGUUUUCCAUUACAAACUACUCUCACCACUCAAUUGGCUAUGCUGUGCUGUGUGUUUUGUGUAUUCCACAACAGUUUCAAUUUCACUUAAAUAGAGAGAGAGAGAGAGAGAAAGAAAGAGAGUUCUUUGUGCUGCAUUUUUUGCUGUGCUGUGUGUUUUACUGUGAUGAUAUCAUCCAUAUCCAUCCAUCCAUCCAACGUUGUUCUCGGUAUUUCAAUUGGAAAUUUUUCAUCGUCGUCGUCGUCUCUUCAACAGAGUGAAAUAGAAAAAGCAAGCACAAAACACACUUCUUUCGCCGUUAAAUCGUAUACGUGUAUGAGCCAUGGUGGUGCUGCUGCUCUGCUGCUCCUCUGCUGUGUGCUUGUUUUGUUGUUAAUAUUAUUGUUGAAAAAUCUGGAUGCAUUGGUAUUGGUGGUAGUUCUGUUUGUUGCUGCUGCGGUGUUCGUUUUAUACCGUUGUUAGUGCUUCAGUUGGUUCAGUUGUCACUACAAAGCGUUGUUUCGUGGUUGAAAAAUCCGGACUCUGCUCUCGCUCUCGUGCGCUCAUUCAACGUUCACUCUUACACGCUCUUGUGGUGGUUUCAGCUUGUGCCGUUGUUGUUGCUGUUGCUGCUGAUGGUGGUGUUUUUCCUCUAGUCUCUCACACGUUUUUCGGUGCGCUUUCAAAAGCAGCAGUGCUUUUCUUCAUUUGUUAGGCAUUCGGUGUUGCUUCUUGUAGUCCCGUGUGCGGCAACAUUUUUUCGUGCGCGUGUCGUGGUGUGUUAAUAUCUCAGUUGCCGUCAAACAGGCGAUGUUUAAUCGUCAUCGUCGUAGUCGUCGUCGUUGUUGCCUCCACAUUCUUUUUCAACGUUCAUUCGGUUUCGAGCAGCAAGUUUUCAAUACAGUUUUCACAUACGAACACAUAUAAUUAGGAACAAAUCGAUAAAUUGGCCAACGAGUACCAUUUUUCUUGUGGUUUUGUAUUUCAAUUUUUGUACUCUAGUUCAACGACCCAAACCACUUAGUGCCACAAUUGUUUUUGAUAGAGAAAAAUAAAAGAACAAAAAAAAACUACAAAAGAGAAAAAAACUCUAAUCGAAAGAGAUACACAGUGACAAACAGUAUAAAUCUAUAUACACGGAAAGAGUAUAGAGAUCUAGGUUGCAAUUUCAAUAAACAACACAGAGUCAAAAUGGAUCUAUUCAUUGAGCGUGUGUUUAAGAGUGUUGCUCCUGCAACUGGACAACUCUCACAAUGGAGGCUCCAUCGAUGGUGCAUCGAUCAGGCGAUAAACUAAUUAUACGAAGUGUUGUAAGCGGUGAUCAACUUUAUUUGGGUGGCCAACAUUCGGCGCACAAUAGCAGCGACAAGAGUCUACACGAUAAACUCAUUAUCGCCGACUAUCACGAUCCAACCAACGAUAGUAUCGAAGAAAUUAUAGACAAUAAUAAUUUGCAAUCGCCAUCAUCGGCCCAUGAUAAAAAAGACGAUGACAGUAAUUUGCCGCAGUGUAAAAUAAAGCGAAAUUAUUCGUGUAACAAUUGCAGUUUUUUCACCCAAAAUCCACGUCAUUUUUUGGCACAUUUGCGGGACAUUCACGGUGAAAAAAUCAUCAUAAAUGAGUGCAAGCAUUGUUUGUACGCAUCGCGUCACUAUCAAAAAUUAGUGCGUCAUAUGAAAAUGGUGCAUGGCUCAACCGAUGGCCUAGAAGAGCAAGCACAAUCACGUAAACGCGCAUCACAGUUGGCACGCGAAGAGAAAAAACGUAAAAUACAAAUAUUGUCGGGUGCCGGUAGUAGUUCGACUAAUGUCACAUUGAAUGAUUCAUUUUCCGUAUUACAAGCGGCUGCUGCUGCUGCCGCCGCUGUUGCUGCAGCUAGUAGUGGUUCGCCCGGUAUGGUGAAUAACAACAACAACAACAACAACAACAACAGUAAUAAUAAAUCAUUGAAUGCAUCGUCGGCCGCAUCUCAAUCGAAUGCAGUCGAUGCAACAAAUCAAAUGAGUGCGGAAGUGUUAAAUCAAAAGUUCUUAAAAUGCACACUAUGCGAUUACACCACAUUGUAUCGAACGCAAAUGGUCGAACACGAACGCGAAGAACAUAAUAAAACGAAAUUCUUUCGUUGUCAAAAGUGCAGUUACGUUACACAUAUUAAGGCUCGAUUCAGCAAACACGUGAAAUACCAUUCAAUGCCCAUGAUCAAAUGUGUUAUGUGCGAUUUUCGUACACCGUACAAAUGGAAUUUGGAUAGGCAUAUGAAGAAUCACGGUGGCGCCGGUCCAUUUAAAUGCUCUGCCUGCAAUUUUACGGCGGACAUUAAACAAAGUUUAACGGUGCAUGAAAUGAACCAUCAUGUUCCGCCGGUAGGACAUGCAACGGGCAUGAGCAUGGCACGUCGCCGUAAUAAAGUUGGUGGCACCGAUUUGAUGGAUGCUGACUAUGGCAUCAUGAAUAUUGGCGAUAACAGUGACGGUGAAGUCGGCGAUGGUAUGGACAAUAACAACAGUGACGACAAUUAUGAUGGCUCCGAUGGAUCAAAACGAGCCAAAUAUGAAAAUGAUUUAAUCGAAGAGUAUCAAUCAAGUGCGGCCGAUUUGUCGAAUAAAUCAACAACACCGGUGCCAACGCCACCGAAAAAAGCCGUACGGCCACUGCCAAAUUUGAUCCCAAUUCAACCGACCACAUCGGCUGAUGCCAUGAACUUGAGCACACGCAGCAAGAAAAACGAAUGGGAUUUUGCGGCACAAAGCAACAAAAUCUGGGGCUCAAUUGAAAAUUUAUUCGGAACGGAAAUUGCAAAAUCGAAAAAACAAGAAAGUGUCUUAAAGGAUUUGGCUUCGUUAUUCGUUAGCGAAGAGGUAUUCGAUGGCUCGGAAACUUCGCAACUCUCGCCCGUAUCGAAUGCAUCGUCGGCCAAGCGAAAAAACACCAACUUUUUCAACGAAUUGAAAGAGAAAUUCGCCUCGGGCAGUCGUGAUUUAAUGUGCGAAUGUGGUCACACAUCGAAAUGCUUGUCGGAAGCGAUUAUUCAUAAGAAAUCCUGUCGCAAAAAUGCCGAAAAACAAAGUGUGUCACCGGUAAAUUUGAUUAUCGCCAAUUUGGGCACAUCGACACGUUGCCAAUAUUGUCGACAUCGUUGCAAGACCAGCGCCGAUCUCUAUGUUCAUUUGCAAAGCUGCGCUGAGGCAAGGACAAGUGCCGAAUCAUGUGAUUCAGCAUCCGAGGUAGAGAGCAACAAUGAAAAGCUUGACGUAAACGGCGAACUAACCGACGAGGGAAUGAUUGAUCUAACAAAUGAACCGCAUCCAAUGGAAAACAAAGUGUUCGUUUGGAAUAAAUUGCCACAACAACAGACGGCCAUCAGUGCCGGUCAACCACAACCCGACCCAAAACCAUUGAAUGACAUUCAAACCGAAAGCGCUACCCAAAUCGACAACAACGAUGACAAUGACGAUGAAAAAGCCGAUGAUAGUACAUACUUUGGAAUUGAAACGGCACCUGGCUAUGGUGAAGUGACAAAGAAAAUGAAUCCAAACGAAGAGGCGAUGCAUUCAUCGUUGAAGAAAGUGUUCAAAUGUCCGCAUUGCUCGUUUUGGGCGUCGACCGCCUCACGAUUUCACGUUCACAUCGUUGGCCAUUUGAAUAAGAAACCAUUUGAGUGCUCGUUGUGUUCGUAUCGAUCGAACUGGCGCUGGGAUAUCACCAAACACAUUCGCCUUAAGACUAUUCGCGAUGCCAGCCACAAAAGUGCUAAAGUUCUCAUGAACGACGAAACUGGACGCAGAAACUAUACAAAAUAUAACAGGUACAUAACAUUGAUGAAAGUGACCGACGAAGACGGCGAUCCGAAACACAUGAAAUCCGGCGAAAUGACACCCAGCCAGGAAGCCACAUUGCAACGAAGAAAACCAGACAUUGAUCACAGCGAUGAGGAUCGUGGAGCGCUUGCACAAAAUGCCUUACUGUACAGCAUAUCAAACAAUCAAUUUAAUUCCAGUGCCGAUAAUGAUGAUGAUAAACAAAAUGACAACGAUACAAACACGAAAAAGGUCUCAUUCAAAUGCAAAAAGUGCAAUUUCAGACACAGCAAUCGCGAUGUGGUUUUGCAACACGUUAAAGGCCAUUACAAAGAUGCAAAUAUACCGAUCGACGAUCAAGCGAAUGGCGGCGGUGCCGCAGUGGCCGGUCUAAAUGCCAAUGAAUUCAACAAUAAUGUCUAUGUAAAUGGAAUUUUAUCAGCUUUAUCGCCAAGCGCUACUAAAUUGCUAAUACAGCAUCCACAAUUGUCACAGCAAGCUGCUGAUCAAACGCAAAUUCGUAUUCAGGCAUUAAAUCAGUUGAGCGGUAAUUCAUCCCAUCUAUUUUUGGCUGAACUUAAACAGCAGCAACAACAACAACAACCCAUUCCAUCAAUUAAUACACAAAACGUAAACGUAAAUGCAAAUCAAUCAUCAAUCGCAUUACAAACACCGGCAAUCGCAAGCCAAAAUCAAUCAAAUCCUUCUACUAGUAUUGCAACUAACGAGAACGGUGAGAUGGAUGAGGCAAGUUCUGGGUUAAAUUCGGUAAAUGGUUGGCGGGGCACCACAGCCUGUGGCGAGGCACCACAGCUGUGUGCAGCUCCUUACAGAUGCGGUCAUUGUCACCAAGUCUCAAACUGGAAGCAUGUCAUCCAGCGUCAUUGUCGCUUGAAGCACGAUGGAGACAUUCAAAUCGAGAUAAAAAUCAAAGGAAGUAAUGAUGCAUACCAACCGUUGACAUUGCAUAAUACCACAAAUGCCACAUCAUCAUCAUCAUCAACGAAUAAUGCACCCACUGUGUCGCAGGAUAUAAAUGUUGCCGGCACAUCAUCUGCGUCAACAUCGGUGGAAAAAGAAAGUUUAUCCUAUCUCACGAAGCAAUAUCCGAUAAAAUUGCCAGUCAUCAGUGAUGCGAACAAAAGUGCGACAGAUGCGAAUGCCAAAGAAACCAUUUCAGGCGAGUCAAGUAUUCAGGCAAUGGACGCCGAUCAACGGAAUUUACUUAUCAAUCUGUUGAAAAGCAAUCCAAUUCUAUGCAAUGGCAAUGUACUGGCACUGAUCAAAUCAAGUGCCGAGUUUCGGUGUCAAUUGUGCAACUUUGAGGCGCCAAACGAAGCCAUCUUAGCCCAACACAUUCAGAUGCACUUGAGUGGUGAGAAUAGUUUAAUUAGUUUGAUUGCCAGGACGUCCGAUAAAAAUACGGCCAUUGAUUUGGAUGACGCUAUCAUUACAAGCAAAGUGCCAAACAAAGCCUUUACUCGUGACGGCAACAACGAUGCGGACUCAAGCAAGCAAAGGAUUUCCGAGCGUCAAGUGCUAUCGAAUGGCAAGCAAAAUGAUAAAUCCUCGCCGGAGAAAUCGAACCGUGAAGAGAAAUGUCCACACUGUCCAUUCACCACAAGCAAAUCCGAUGUACUGAAGGAGCAUAUGAUGUGCCACAUUUGUGUAUCGGGUCGCGUCAAUUUGGCCAAUUGUAAUUUUUGCGAUUACUCCAUUGCCGAUGAAACACUGUUGCCGGAGCAUAGUCGCAUCCAUUUUGGACUGAUCAAAAGUAAACAAAAACCAGUGGCCUUUUACACGAGCUAUGAUAAUUUAGAAAUAACCACAAUCGAUCAGCAAAAUAACAAUAAUAGUGGCAGCGGUGACAAUAACAAUGAUACAACCCAUCAAAAUCCAUAUGCCAACGUCAAAACGCUGUAUCCGAAAAUCAGUUUCGAUCUACAAUAUUCCAGUGAUAAAGAAAAUAAAAUUCUAGUUGACACCGAUACUGGUCAUGUAAUCAAAUAAAUAGGUUUUUGUCGCACAAACAUACACAAAUAGAUCACACACACAUACACACACACCGGAACUUUGUUCGCGGUUUGAGGUUAAGCGUUUAGCCUUAAGACAUACACAAUUUAUACAAAAAUAUAUACCGCUCUCACUCUCUUUUCGACCCGAUUGCCGAUAAUUGGUUUCUGAACUUCUAGUUUUGUAAGCGCAUGUAAGUGAGUGUGUGUAUCUCUGCGUGUUUUUCUAAUGUGGUUAAGCGCCUGCCACAGGCAAUGGGAAUUUAAGAGAGUGAUACAUGGAGAAAUCUAUUAGUAAAAUGUCAUUCGUUUUCUUAUUUUCGGUAUUGAUGGACCAACACUUUACAUUUAUACAGCAGAUUUUUUUUCAUAGACUACUGUGUAGUUUAGUGCCGAUAAUAAUUACCAAUCAAAUGAAACAUACCAAAAAAAAAAUAGCACACACACAAUUUGAUCGAAAUGCAUAUAUAUACAAAUGGCGCAUUUAUUGAAAUAGUCGAAACAUGUUUACCAAUAGAGAAGAAUUAAAUUAAAAUAGAAGAUGAACUUUUACACGAUAAAAUGAAGCAAAACAAAAUCAUGAAUUGUAAAAGAAAAAUAUAAAACAAACUAUAUUGAUAGCGAUUGAUUGAUUUAGAUUGUAUUAGUUAAGAUAAACAAACGGUUGCCACAACCGCAUUCACAUGCAUAUAACAAAAGAUAGCAGACGCGCACAUCCAUUCACAGAGUCAGAUUGGUGUCGGCCAUAUUGAUAAAGAAAAACCCGGACGAAAAAAAAAACAUAUUUAAUAAAUUUCUCUAUAUAUAUUUCACCGAUCUUAGUCAUCUUAAUUUACAAUUUAAGCAUUAAUUAUAAUCAUACUAUUUGAUUGUAUACAAUGUUAAGAUCACCAUAACAACAAUUUUGUUUUCUCUUUUUCUUUCUGUACAAUAUUCACUGCAACGCGGAAAUUCUCGGUCAAUUUCCAAUUAUUGAUUUAUUUUGUUUUUAAUUUGAUAUUUUUUAAUCGCAGAGAGCCGAAUAUAUAUAUAUACACACUUAGUGGUUAUGAAUUGCUGACGGUGAUGUUUCACCACUAGAUCUAAUUUUUAUGUAUCCCAAUUUAUGUCAUUAUUAUUUUUUCUUUCUUUCUUUUGUUCAUAUUAUUAUUCGCGAGUGAAAAAUGCAGUCGUUUGGUUUUAGUCGUUUUAAUUUUUUUUUGUCUCUGUUUAGCUUAAGGAAGCACAUUUAGGUUCUAAGAACAAUUUAUGUGCUGAUUGUGUGUCAUCAUCAUUGUUGAUUUGCAAUCGCCAAAUAUUUAAUCAAAAAAAAAACCUAUUCAGAUAUUUAUGCGGAGAAAGUUCAAACAGUUGUUACCUUUUGAUUUAACCAAAUUGUGUCCUUUUAAUCAUUUUUUUAGUAUAUUUAAGUUUAACCGUCGAAUUUCUAAGAAGAAACAAUGAAAACAGAAUCAACCAAAGGAUAUAAUGCCAAAAUAAUAAUAUGCAGAAAGAAAAACUGUAUGCAGACAACCUUAUUUAUCGGUCGAAAAAGCAAUACCAAUUUAUAAAUUCAAUAGCAAACCAUUUUAUUUUUACAAUUCUUUAAAAAUUAAAUACAUUCAAUGUACACACAUGGCAUUAGUGUUAAGUGCAGGCUAAACGUAAGUUUUAUCUCUAAAAAGAAACAUUUAUGGCAAACAUUUCUAUUUUUCUUGUGAACUUGCAAAAAAUACACACAAAAAUCUACAAGAAUUUUGCAA